UCCAUUUCCACGUUACCUAUCUUUCCCCGUUACUUUUGCCGAGAGGGUACCGCAAUCGCUCAAAGCAUCCGUUCUACUUCAUCCUUCUUCCACCCAACUGCCACGAUCACAAUAUUCUCGUCAGAACUUCGGCUGAUCGCAUUAUCUUUCGCACCGGAUAUAAACAACUGCCCUCCGUUUGUUGCUAGUUAGACGUUGAAAGGUUGCAGUUUUGUCUCAAGCUCGCCUGCUGUGUGCCACCGGUUGCCCUUAGCCUGUUACCCUGCUGUCGUCCUAUUGUCGGCAACGAAACUGAUUCCUUAGCAUGCAUUGUACUCUGCAAAAAUGUUCGUGUGUCAGUUCCUUCUGGACUGGAUUAAUGCAUGGGUGUUAGAAAUAUUGUCAAUCAUCUUGACUCUCGCCUCGCCUACACAUAGAUUAAUUACAGAUCAGCAGGACAAUCUUAUUCGAUACAACCGACCGAUAAGCUCACUGAUCUUGCCAUCCCUCGUAAGAAUGAGGCAUCUACGGCUGUACCCCUACGCGGUUCGUGUUGUGAUUCUUGCAGAGUGCUUGCACAUCUAUAUCCGAACGGUCGAAUUGAUGAACACCGAGAAUGACAGCCAAAUUAGGGUGAGUGCGCCACUUGCACGAGCCGCGCCUGUCUGGCGUGCAAUGCUUUAUUUGCUCCGCGAAGGGGGGCAAAGAUAAGCACGAGAGAAAGAGAGAGGCCGGAUCAAGGUUGAACUACA